AUGGCGGAUGACAGUAAUCUUUAUGAAUCAUUUAAUCGUAAUUUAAAAUAUUAUGCAAGUUUACUCAUCCAAACCAAUUCAAAUCAAAAAUUUUGGGAUAUAAUUGCACUAACCUCAGGAAACUCACAUCAAAAAUCAUUAUAUGAACGUCAAAUCAAGCGUAAACUUGAAAGAAAUGAAAUUCCAAAUUUCGCAGAUCCACCCGGAAGUCAUCAAAUUGGUAGCGGUGGAAAGAAAGUGUUGUUGAUUCACGCUGGAGGAUAUUCAACAAGAUUACCUCACGUUAGCGCAUCAGGAAAAAUAUUCAUGAAAAUACCAAUCGGUAACUCGGUAGGAGAACGAAAUUGGAUAGAUUUAUUUGAUUUGAAGUUGGUCAUUUAUCUUGAAUUAAUCAAUUAUUUGAAGGAUGGGACCGUGUUUCUUACUAGUUCAGAUACAAUUGAAUUGAUGUCAUUUAAUGCAAAGGAUAUUUCGUUACAAUCUUCGAUAUAUAAUACAUCAUUUGUAGCAUUAGCGCAUCCAUCCACAUUGCACAUAGGUACAACACAUGGUGUAUACAAAGGUGGAAAUGAAUUUGUCUAUACGGACAGUACUUACUUCUUUGAUUAUACCAUUUUAAAAGUAUUUCUCAAGAUCUUGGAUGAAAUUCAACCAUUAACAUAUGAGUUAGAAGCAUGGUCUGAUUUCUUAUCAACAAAAUCCACAAAACACUUCAUAACACAAGAAAUCUCACCAUUAGAAAAAGCACAAUUAAUAAUUCUAAAGGAGCUUUAUUCUCUCGAUAAUCCAAAAUUAAAUGUUUUAAUAUUAAAUAAUUCAAAAUUUUAUCAUAUAGGAAUCAUGUUUGAAUAUUUAAAUGAAUGUUGUAUGAAUCCUCAAUUCAAACAUCAAUUAGGAAUUGUAACAUUUAGUUCAGGAGAAUCGUUAGAUAAGAAAUCUUCAAAUAAAGGAAAUAUUUGUAUGAUAAAUAGUGAGAUAAAUGAAAAUACAGUAUUAUUUGAAGAUUCUGCUCCUAUAAUCUUAGAUAAUGUUAAAAUUCAUAAAACUUUUGCUGAAGAAAAUAAGGUCAUAAUCGGAGGAUGGAGUAUAUUAAAUAACAUUGAAUUAAAUACAUCAAAUUUAAUGUUAAAAGAAAUUAGAAUACCAAAUCAUACAUGUAUGUUUACUUUACAUUUAAAAAAAAUCUUAAUCUCUAAAACUUCUUCUGUUUUUAAUAAGGAAGAAGGUUAUGUUACAUUUAUCUUUGGUACAAAUGAUGAUAUGAAAGCAAAGUAUUCUUUCAAUUCUUUAAUUAUUUAUCAAAAUAUACUUGUACAUAAAAUCAUUCUUUCACAAUAUUAUAAAUAUAUAAAUUUACAAGAACAACUACCACCUAAAUUAGCAUUAUGGAAUACUCCUAUAUUUCCUAUGACUAAAACUAAAGAACAAUCUAUUAAAUUAGCUAUACAAAUGUUAGAAAAAAUAAAAAAAGCAAAAUAUAUGUUUGAAAAUAAUAUUGUAGAAGAAGAUAAAGAAAUAUAUAAAGAAGAUGAUAGAGAAAAUGAUGAAAUUAUUAUGUUUAUAUCACUAAAAAUGAGUGUUGAAAUAAUGAAAAUAUUAUAA